AAAUCUAAAAAACUUAGUAACAACUUAAAAAACGUUACCGCUGCUUUAGUGGUCUGUGAGGGUAAUGAUAAUACUCCUACAACAAUUAAAAUCAAUUUUAAAUCCAAUUCCUCUAAAAAUUCUUUUGAUACUAGUACACCCAAAAAUAAAGUCCCUAAUACGAACCAAAUACCCAACACAUCCAAUACAUCCAAACCGUACAAAAAGUUCACUAAGACAACAACAACGACAAAAACUGCUACUACAACAAUAGAAACUAUCGAAACAACAACAACUACAGAUAAUAUAGGUACAAGUACAACAACAACUUCAAAAUAUUCGAAUUCCUUACAGAAUUGCCAGUUCUGCACAUCUGGCGAAAAUGAAGAUAAAUUAUUACUGUGCGAUGGUUGCGAUAAAGGCUACCACACCUAUUGCUUCAAGCCUAAAAUGGAAAAUAUACCCGAUGGAGAUUGGUACUGUUAUGAAUGUGUUAAUAAAGCUACUAAUGAACGUAAAUGCAUAGUUUGUGGUGGACAUCGUACAGCGCCUGUAGGAAAAAUGAUUUACUGCGAUCUAUGUCCUCGUGCCUAUCACUCAGAUUGUUACAUUCCACCUUUACUAAAAGUACCACGCGGUAAAUGGUACUGCCAUGGUUGUAUAUCAAAAGCACCGCCACCAAAAAAACGCACCAGCAGCAGUAAACCACGUAGAGAUCGAGAUUCGUCUUCCUCAUCUUCAUCUAAAAAACGUGACAAACAUGGCGUGAAUACAAUUGGUGACCAACACAAUACGACAGCAGAACAUAAUUUGCAAAAUUCGUCACAGCAAUCGUUAAAUUCAUCACAUGAUGAAUCGAUGGCUUCACUUCCAGCUCCUUUGAGCCCAGCGCAUUCCAUUGCUUCCACCUCGUUUGAAGAUCAUCACAACAAUUCAAUUGACGGUACUAGAUUUCAAUCACAAAUAACAAAUCGUCCACAAAGUCCCUUAGCAAAUAACGAUUAUGGCGAUGUUAGUAUGGAAGAUAUAUCAGUACAUCAGCAAUCGUCUCUGCUACAGGCCUACAAUACACCUCAUCAACCACAAAUACAUCAUACACUUCAACAACAACAACAACAACAGCAGCAGCAGCAGCAAAUUGUACAACAAGUCGCUCCAACAUCACCAUCAUUACUACAACAAACAAAUAAUUUUGUUAAUCUUGGUGCAACAAAUCAUCAAACACAUUUAGAUCCACAGUUACAGUCACAGUCACAGUCACAAAUGCCGUUAAUAGUAUCACAAACUCAAAUACCAUACGCAAUCCCCCCAUCCUCACCGCAUUCUAUACAUCCACCACCGCCGAUGGUGAUGCCAAGCAUGCAAUCACUUAUACAACCACCAACUACUCUUUUACCAGCAAAUUCGCCACAACACGUAACAUUUCCAUCACCACGUGCCACAACUCCAACACAUCACAUGCAACAGCAUUCACCACAACAUCAACUUCAACCGUCACCACGUCCAAUAACACCACCAAAUCUAGGCCAGAUAACGGGCCCGCCUCCACCAAUCAAUAUACACGCAGUUCAAGAAGCUAAAGAAAAACUAAAGCAAGAGAAGAAAGAGAAACACGCUACCAAGAAGCUGAUGAAAGAGCUUGCUGUAUGCAAAACCUUGCUAGGUGAAAUGGAGCUACAUGAAGACUCUUGGCCAUUUUUAUUACCUGUAAAUACUAAACAAUUUCCAACCUAUCGCAAGAUUAUAAAAACUCCAAUGGAUUUAUCUACCAUCAAAAAGAAACUGCAAGAUUUAAUUUAUAAAUGUCGUGAAGACUUCUGCGUUGAUGUACGUCAAAUUUUCGACAAUUGCGAACUGUUCAAUGAGGAUGACUCUCCCGUAGGUAAAGCCGGCCAUGGCAUGCGUAAAUUCUUUGAAAUGCGUUGGACAGAGUUGACUGACAAACAUUCAUGA